AAAAAUAGAAGACACAAAGGCAUCCAGUUUCGUAUCAAUAGAGGACAGAGGACAACCGGGUGGUCCUCUAUGAUGGCCACCCUAACGCACACACGAGUAGCUCCUUGAUGUUGUGGCAGCCAUCUUGUAACCUAUGCUGAUUUAACUAAGGCGGCUCAAGAUAAUCCAUCUUGGAGGUAUAUUGUGUACAUUUAAUCCAACUGCAUGCCACAUACAUGUGUACACUCUGACAGUUAAGUCAGCUUAAAAAAACAGUUAAGCCGGUUUAACUGUUGGAAAGUUAGUACAUGUACGUGCGCCCCUGGGGCUUGUGAGGGCAGCAAGCAGACAGACUCCUGACACUCCCUGCCACCCUUAAGAGCAUCUCCAGGUGCCCAAGGACGAGGGUUCUCAGGAUGUGCAAGGUGGGGGAUUUGGGUCACAUGCAUCUUCCCCUAUCCGCCAUGACUAGUCAGCCAAGCCAUGCCCUUCUCACUGUUCAAGUAUUUUGUUCUGUGCCUGUGGGACAUGAAAAUAUCUCUUCUUUCUCCAAGGUGCAGUAGGCAGGGCACAGAACAUUCCUGUAGCUCACCAGAGAGGACCAUAACAGGACUGAGGGGUUCGGGUGGUGGAGCUGGGGCCAGAACAGGAGCAGGCUUCAGGGGCUCCAGGGCCAGUCAGGGCUGGAGCUGGACCAUGCAGUGGGGCUGAAUCGAGCCAGUAGACUGGGAGCAGGAGCUGAUGCUGAAUUGGGUUUUGGAGCCACACAAUGUUAGCACUGUUAGGUUUGCAUAUAUCCUUCACAAGAUAAACCCAGAGAUUUCAAAUAGUUGUGAUCUUUCUGAGGUCUUUGCAACAGAAAAACUGAUCCUUUAUUUUUUGUAGGCAAAAAAAGAGUGAAAACUAAGAGCUGGCAUUUUCCAAGAGGCGCCUUGAGUCUAAAAAGGUUGAGAACCACUGCUUCAGGGAAACGCCAGUGGCUGAGGAGCCCAUCAGAAGAAAUGGGGACUGCUCUGCAGCGAAUACUAACAUUUUUUGAGGCAUGCAAACUGGCAUGGGGGGUUAGGGGCACAAUACUACAAUGGUCGCAACCAGGAGUCCAGAGCCGAGGGUCACAAAUCAGCAGUCCAGAGAUGAGGAUUGAGGCAGAGGAGAUGGACAGGAACCUGCCACAGCAGGAUGAUGAAGUCUGAUGGAGCGGAGGAGAUUGCCAUCAGCUGGCCUCGGAUAACGGCCUUCGCUGAGUCUCACAGGAGAAGAGGACUUGUCUCCGGUCUGGAGAUGGAGUGUGAGCAGAGUCAGCUGGAGCCUACCCAGGUCCAGAACUCGGCCUCAGCCAGCUCCAGUGAAGGAGGGAUGAACCCCGACCUCCGCCGGCAGCUGGGUCUCAUCCUGCAAACCGCUGGCCGGACCCAGGUGGAGAAGAUGCUGCGGGAGCUGGUGAGGGAGCAGAACCAGGAGGGGAAGCGCAAAGCACGCAAGAAAGCAGCGAAGAACCCCAAGGAUGGAGCCGGUGAUGGGACCAUGAGUGAAAAUGAAGAGGAGACUCCCCUGCAGGAAAGCUCGGAGAAAGCAGACUCCCCUGGGCCCUUACUGGAAACCGCAGAGGGUCCUGACCAGGGGAAGGCCAGCGGGAGCCAGUGCCAGUCAGAAGGGCAGGAGCCACCACCACAGAAGAGCCUCCCCACAGGGAAGCAGGAGGGCAAAGCCACCCGCCGCACGGGCCUCAAGAAGGCAAAGGCAGUGGCGGCACGGGGUCCUGGCACAUGCCUGGAGUGUGGAAAGGACUACACCUGCAGCCGGCUCCAGCAGCGGGUGCAGACACCUGAGAAGCCGCACCAGUGCCCUGAGUGUGGGCGCUGCUUCCGCCAGCGCUCCAUCCUAGCCAAGCACCAGAAGAUCCACACAGGGGAGAAGCCCUACCGCUGCGGGGACUGCGGGAAGUGCUUCAGCCGCGGGUCCAACCUGACACAGCACCAACGUAUCCAUACAGGUGAGCGCCCGUUUCAGUGCGCUGAUUGUGGUAAGAGCUUCAUCCAGAAGUCAGACCUGGAGAGGCACCAGCGCACCCACACUGGUGAGCGCCCCUACCAGUGCGGCCAGUGCGGGAAGUGCUUCAGUGUCAGCUCUCACCUGGACCGGCACCGCCGCACUCAUCUGGGCGAGUCGCGACGCCACCACACCUGCAGCAGUGGCAGCAACCAGCCAGGCCCCCGUGGCCGCCUGGCGGAGGAGGAGGAGGAGGUGGCAGCAGCUGCUCCCCACCAGUGCCCCGAGUGCGGGAAGUGCUUCGCCCAGCGGGCAUCGCUAUCCAAGCAUCGCAAGACCCAUAGCGGGGAGCGGCCGUACCAGUGUGGGGACUGUGGGAAAUGCUUCAGUCGCAGCUCCAACCUAACGCAGCACCAGCGCAUCCACACGGGGGAACGCCCCUUCCAGUGUGCUGACUGCGGCAAAAGCUUCAUCCAGCGCUCAGACCUGGAGCGGCACCAGCGCACCCACACUGGGGAGCGCCCCUAUCAGUGUCCCGACUGCGGCAAGAGCUUCAGUGUCAGCUCCCACCUGGACCGUCACCAGAAGAUCCACGCAGCUGAACAGGCCUCUUACCGCUGCCCUGAGCACCUCAAAGGCUUCCUGGCUGCCCACCAGCACGGCAAGCUUUUUAAGUGCUCUGACUGUGGGCGCUGUUUCAGCCAGAGUGCUGCCCUGGUCAAGCACCAGCGGGUGCACGCUGUGGCACGGCCCCCCCAGUGUGCAGACUGUGGGAAGAGCUAUGUGGCCAGCCCUGGUGGCAAGACUGGGGGCAAGCCUCACAAGUGCACAGACUGCGGGAAGAGCCUGGGUGGGGCCCCUGUGCCCGUGCUGCAUCCUCGGCUGCGCGCCCAGCAGUGCAUGGACUGCGGGAAGAACCUUGGGGCGGGGAAGCCUCCGCCACCCCCACCCCCAGCGGAGAAGCCUUUCAAGUGUGCAGACUGCGGGAAGGGCUUUGGGCAGCGCUCGGCCCUGGUGAAGCACCAGCGCAUCCAUACAGGGGAGAAGCCGUAUGCCUGUCCUGACUGUGGAAAGAGCUUCAUCCAGAAGUCAGACUUGACCAUCCACCAGCGCAUGCACACUGGGGAGAAGCCGUACCGCUGCAACGAGUGCGGAAAAUGCUUCAGUGUCAGCUCCAACCUCAUAACCCACCAACGCACGCACCUAGGUGAGAAACCCUACCAGUGUGCCGACUGUGGGAAGAGUUUCAUCCAGCGCUCGGAGCUGACCAUCCACCAGCGCGUCCACACCGGGGAAAAGCCCUACAAGUGCCCUGAGUGCGGGAAGUGCUUCAGCCGCAGUUCCCACCUCAAUCGGCACCAGCGUACACAUGCCGGGGACAAGCCCUCGCUCCUCUCCACUGCCAAGUCCAGUGCCAGCAAUGCCCUCCAGGCCUCCUCAGCCUUCUCUGCUGCCAGCUCUUUCUCCUCCCCCCUGGGUGCCUCUUCUGCUCCCAUCCCAUCCCUGCCCUCCUUCCCUUCCUCCCCCUCACCCCUUCCCAUCCCAUCCCUCUCUGCCACCCCACUGGAUCUGCCCUGGGCCUUGUCCUUCCCAUCCCGUGCCUUCCCGCCCCACCCUUCCUUCCCCUCUCCUACUCCCUCUGGAGCCCAGGCCUCAUCCCUGAUAAAUUAACUGGCUGCCUCCACAUGCCUCUUCCUCAUUCCCCCCUAAGUCUCACCUCUUGACGUCCGGUCUGCCUUACUCUUCCCUCUGCCUACACCCUUAUCCCCACAACCCCCUUCCUGCCUCCUCCCAACUGUAUCCCAUCUCUAGCAGUGUUGUCCUCUCUUGCAGUUUUUUGUGUUUUAUAAUGUUUGGUCAAAAGUCCCAGCUCCCAGAGUCAAGGGAUCUACCUGAGAAUCUCCACUGGCAUUAUAUGAAAGUGAAUGUCCAGCCUGGGAUGGGCACAGACAAGAGUUGGGCAGCAUGCGACCCUUCAGAGCUCAGCCACCAGCAGGUGAACAAGCAGAAACCCAGAGGUCAUAUUUAAAGCCCAUGUCCUCAGUGUUUUGGGAGGUCUGUCUCCUGCUAUCUUUAAAAGCUCAGGAUUGGCAAUACUGUGACUAGGCCCCACAACUCCUACUUUGGCUGUGGAGUUGGCCUCCCACUGUCCUACUUUUUUCCCUUUCCUAUUUCUUCUCUUCCUCUGAUUUUUCACACCAUCAGUUUCCACUCUCCUUUUCCCAUCCCUCUGGUCCUUCUGGCUCUUCCCCGUCCCUCUCGUAUGUCCCCAGUGGCUCCAGUGUUGAUGCUGGUGACCCCUCUGGUUGUGCCACUCAACAGCCUAGUUCAGCCUGUAGCACUGGAUCAGACCCUUCCCCUUCUGCUCAUCAUCGGCAGCUUUAGCUGAUGUUUGGAAAAAACUCACUGUGGAGCACUCCCCAGCUGGGACUUCCUGGUCUUCACUCUCUGUGACCCUACAGAGCUGAAUGGUGACAGCCCACUGCUGUUACAAGAGGAGACUUGAGGAUAGACUGGGAAGGCAGUUAAGCCAAGACUGGAAGCAUCCUGUGAGAAGAACAAGGGCAAAAUCCCAGGCCCCUCUGGUGAGUGGAGUGAGUUCCCAGACUCCCGUGCAUUAGCUCAGCUAUCCAUGGACCACACAAGACCACACCAGGGGCAUGGUAUCUCUGCCCCUCUUAAUGAAGGAGAGGUGUGGAGAGAGUUUGCCCUAGAACUCAUCAUCAGAUAAAAAAUGACGUUAGUGAUUUCAACUUCAGUUGGGUGGGUGGGGGGAAGAAACUAAUUUUUUUAACAGAUUUGGAACAAAUUUCCCCCUCCCCCUCAGAAAUGUUGACAGACUGUUAGAUCUUGAAACCUGGGCCUAAAAAACGUAAGGGAAAAUAAUUUUGCUCUCCCUCCUUAUUUCUACUGGUUUUCAUGUGGCUCUAAUUAGGGUCACAGAUUCGAAGCGAGGCCCCACCUAUCAUUCGAGCUAAUUUUGGGGGCUCUUCUUGCUGAAGAGUUGGACCCCCUCACAUUCGUACUUUUGUUGCAUAUCUGUGCUCCAGGCCUCUUCGGAUUGGCCUUUUCUUAUUUUGUAACCUUGUAAAUAGCCUGAUGAUAGUUUCCAACUCUGUAAAUUUUUUUUUAAAAUCUCUUUUCCUGUAACUCCUAGCAGUGGAUGCUGUGAUUUAAAUGCAGUUGUACUAUCAUGAAGAAAGCUCUGGGCGGAUCAUGUCUAAUUUGGCUACCUUCCCAGUGCGCUGCCUGAUACCCAAAGAGACGUACCCCUUAGGCCCUGAAUGAACUAUUGAAGACACUAAAGAGUUAGUUUGGUGGUGGCAAAUAUUGAGGGUGCUUAAAUCCAUAGUCAGGGUUUCUCUACAUGGAGUGUUGUUCCAGAAUAGCUUUUCCUGAUUAGGUCUCUGUGUGACUAUCCAGAAUAAAUUUGCCUUAUUCUUUUUCCUGGGUGGAUUAAGCUAAUUCAGAAUAAGGCAUUUUUGUUCCAGCACAGCACAAGGAGACGCACACAGGGAGUUAUUCAGUAUUUGCUAUUCCAUUUAAGACCUAUUCCCUCUCUUAAUCUAAAUGAAUACCCUUGUGCUGAAAAUCCCUCAGGUUGGGUGCCCAGAGGAGCCUGAAGGAGUGAUGGGCCUGACUCCUACUGAGAUGGUCAGAACAUUCAGCCUCUCUCAUGAUGCCUUCCAGGCCACUCCACCACACUUUCCAUCCCCAAGCUGGAGUCUCGCACACCCACCAAGUGCAUGCCUACAGUUUGUUGUCUCCUUUUUCUGUCUGAGCAGGACAAUGGUGAUAUUGGCUUGCCUUCUGCUGAAGCCAGCAAGUGUAGGAUCAGACAGGAAGAGCAGGUGCCACUGGCACAGACAGAAGCAACAGGACUGGCCAGCAGAGACAGUGGGAUGAGCCAUCUCCUUACCCUUGCCAGCCAUCUCUUUCCCAGCUGCAGCAAUUGCCAUAUGCUUCAGACAACCCGCAGUCGCUCUCCUGCACCUCAAGAGCCCCAGCACCUACCUGCGUUUCAACCUCACCCACAGUGGUACAUCUAUGUGCAGCCCCAUGUCUUGCCCAUGGCAAGCACUGCUGGCCAGAAGCUGACAUUUAAGGUAGCAUGCAAAUGAUUUGCAAGUGUGUAUGAAGCACUUUGCAUAUUGCGCCACACUUGGCACUGCACUGAACCAGGCUGUUCCGUGUGCUCCUUGGACAACCCCAGGCAAGAGGUGCCAAGCUGCUGGUCCAAGUGAAGCCCCAUACAAAUAUUGGUACGAGUAGUAGUGCUGCUUCUUCUGGAAGUCAUUGGCAGCUAUGGCAGCCCAACACCUCCAAAAACUGGGUUGCUUUCCUUUUGAUGCCUUUAUUAGCUGAGGGGCAGAUCCUCUGCUAGCAUAGACUGAGGCAGCAUCAAUGACAUGAAGAAAGUGUUUGACAUCAGCUUAUAGUAUUGGGCCUGCUCUUGUAGAAACAGGGAUUGCACACUACUGUCAUCCCCAUAAUACAGGCAGUCUUUGACUUACAGCAUUUCAAGUUACAACAUUAUGCCUUACAGUUAUAAAUUGACACCCUGUUUCAACUUUAUGACGUCAGUUUCAGCUUUACAACACUUGAUCCAAUGCUAUAUCAUGCCAGUGAGCACGUUCACUGCAUCGUCCAUCUCCCUGGAAAACAUCUCUCCAAGCUUCCUUGGAUGCUUUCUUUAAGAAAGUAGCCAAGACUCCAGAAAAACCUGCAGACAAGACUCUUGAGAAGACUCCAGCCAAGAGGCCUUCAAAAAGUCCAGCAAAGUCACCUCAAAGAAGUCCUUCCAAAUCAAUGCAAUUGCUAAUUACAAUAUAAAUACAUUAAUGUAGCUAUAUUACUCAUCUAUAAUUGAUUGAGGACAAAAUUAUGGGUUAUUUUUGGUGAAAAUAGGGUAUCGGGCCUUGGUUCAGGAACCAAUUCCCCAUUUAUAACAUUGUUUCCUAUGGGAAAAUCGGUUCCGAGUUACAUUUCGACUUAAGACGCAGCUUUCAGGAAGCAAUUGUGUCGUAAGUCUGAGGACUGCCUGUAUCUGAUUACUGUCCGUCAUGCAUUUAGCAUCUAAUUGCAUUUUUUAGGCAGACAGAUCUAAAAAACGGAACCUGAGUAUAUAUUUUUUAUUUUCUUACAAAAGAGGGCAAACACACCACAGCCAACUAGCCCUCCCUCCUCCUCUCCCCCUGAAGUGAAUGAAUGGCUUUUCAUCAUGUGACUUUGAAGCAAAUGCAUCUGACUCAGGAUGGGGAUCUUGGGAACAAAACAUCUAAGCUCUCUUGAACUCCUUUCAGGAGGUUCUUUAUUAAAGAAGCAGACAUUUGUAAGCCACAGAAGAAAACUUAUUUCUGGUUUGAAGUUUGAUUUCAGGCACAGAAUCAGGAACUAUGAAAUCGAAUAAUCAGAUGGCAGCGAAUCCUAGAUGUUAAAUUCUUGGUGAUACUAAAAUUUUAUACUAGCGCCUUCAGUGCUAUGAGUAUUGGAUGCUUUAAUGAUGGGCAUUUAGACCUACUAAACAGAAAAGCAAAUGGAUUGCCCAUGUCUGCAGAAUAUCGUGAGCCAUCACGAGAAGAAACUCCAUUAGAGCAGACAUCCCCAAUAAAGGAGGCAGAGGAGGCCUUUGUACAAACUGAGACUCAACUUAUUGGUGAACAGUAACGUAUCAGGUCUCACCACCGGGCCUUGAGUUACAAAGGGAGUGGAGUCAUCAGAACCAAAAAAACAUCAAUCCCAUGCAAAGUUAGAAGAAAGUUACGCUUAUCAAGUUUGAGACCUGGUCAGUGUCAUUGUCACAGGAAAGAGCAAGGCCACUUGGAUGAAGAGGAGAGAGAUGGAUCCAGCAGAACAAGUGUAGCCUUCUAAACAAGGGGAAUGAUUGGCCUUUCACAAGAUGGCAGUGAUAAAAGAGAAGAACCCCCUUGGGUUUCAACAGGACUUAGAGUUAUGCUGCAGAUAUGCUGGCGAGGGAUGCCUCUUCAGGGUUGGGUUUUAUGUGCCUUGAAGAAAAUAUUGUGAAUGGUGCAAAUUUAAAAAAGAAAUGGAAGCCUGUCCCUUGCUGCAGCAGCCCACAGGAAGAAGUGCAAGGCUGAUGCUAGCAUGGGCUCCCAGGCCAUGGCGAGAGCAGCUCCGUGCCUGAGUUAUGCAUGCCUGAAGAAGUGUGAUGUAGUGAUCACUGGCUGCUCAGAAAAUAGGAUUGGCAUCAACUGUGUGCUGAGCUACUUGUGCAGGUGAAGUGGGUGGACAUCUCUCCCAAGAAAGACGAGGAUGAGGAGACCUCCUUGAACAGUGUACAGGAGUGUCUUGCAGGGGUCUGAGGACCUGAAAGUAGCACUGGGUCUAGAGACAGAUGAACUGGUAGAUAGUAUUGCACCUGCCAAGGGCUCCAGUGCAAAACCAACCCUUGAUGCCAUUGGCCAGGCAUUAUAAAUUAGGGCUGUGCAAACCUUCAGUUGCCAAUUUGAUUCAGAGGAGAUUUGGCUCGAUUUGGGGGCCGAAUCUCCGAAUCUGAAUCAAAUCGGGAGACUCAUUAAAAGCUCUGAAUUGAUUCGAAGCAUCCAAAUCAUUUGAAAAAGAUUCGGAAAAGAUUCAGAGAUUCAGAUCGGCCGGGGAGAGGCAAGCACAGCCAGGCAGUUGCAGGUUAUCCCACAGCUCCUUCAGCUGUGCCUGCCUCUCCCCGGGCCAGGGGAGCCAUGGGAGAAGCCCCCAUGGCUGUCCUGCCUGGCCCUGGCCUCCUGGGACUUUAAAAAAAAAAAAAAGAAGAAAGCCCCACAUUCACCAGCUGCAGCAGUCACCCAGAGCCAAGCACUGCUUAGCCCCAGCUGCCGUAGCUCCUGGCAAGCUCACAGUGCCCUGCCGAGCCGCGCUGCACCUGCGCCAGGGGGCAGCUGCUGUGCGGGUGCCGGGGGGGCAUCCCCACUGCUCUGUGCUGUGCAAGGUGACUUUGCCAUGAGUGCCUAGAGGCCUCAAUCGCUGCUGCUACAGCCAGUGAGUGCAAGGCUUUUUUUCUUUUCUUUAAAAAUGCCAGGAGCCAGGGCCAGGCAGGGUAGCAAUGGGGGCUUCUUCCGUGGCUCCUCCCCACCUGGGGAGAGGCAAGCACAGCCGGAGGAGCCGCAGGAGAACCUGCAGCCAUCCAGCUGUGCCUGCCUCUCCCCGGCAGAUCUGAAUUACCAAGUCUCUGAAUCGGCUCCAAAUCUUUUGAAGCCGAUUCAGCUGAAUCGAAUGGGGACAGUGAUUCGAAUAACUGUCCUCUGAAUCUGAAUUGAAUACUUCCCUAUUUGCACAGACCUACUAUAAAUCCCUGGUGCUUAGCUGGGGAAUGAUAAAUGCUCCAGCCACUUUUCAGAGGUUGGCCAAAGAAAGACUCACAGGACUUGAAUGGGAAUGUGUUUGCAUGCUGCCAUCUGUAGAUAGAGGUGUUAGGGAUGCCCUAUCCCCAGAUAAAGUGUACUGCCAAGGCUGCUGCCAGCAGAAGCAGGCCUGCUGCAGGAGGCUGGGUAUGCACGGUGAAGUGGUCCUGCGAAUGUGGAGGGAAACCAGAGGAGGCUUCUUAGGGCAUGGUGGGACUUUGCUCCUGCUCAGUAGGUUGUUGUGGUAGCAUUGACAACAACUACAAGAAUAUCACAUGGGCAUCAUGGCAUCCAGUCCACAGUGGGAUAUGAGUGCAUUGCUGAGAGUGGUUGGGAUUUCCAAAGGAAAUGGCCUGACUCGUCUCUCUGAAGGUCCCAGUGAAAGUCCUGUUGACAUCAGUAGGACCAUGACCUAAGCUGAUCCAAGUGCCUUUGGAAACGGCAGCCUGUUAGGCUUUCUGUUAGGGGUGCCUUCGCCCUCCACUUGGGUACUGCAUUGACCCCACAGGAAAUGCAACAAGAACAGACCUGACAGGCAGGUGACAAAGAAAUUAUCAGGAGCUUGGGUAAAAAUCCUCUGGGGAAAGAUUUAUAAAGGUCUAGAGUAGACAGCGUGGCGGCGGGGAGGGGGAAGAGAUGAUCAAGAAAGCUUGAAGAAGCAAUGAAUGGGCCAGCUAUUAAAUCCCUCCUCAUUCUUCUCUUCUCCAGACUAAAUAAGCUCAGUUCCCUCAGCCUCUCCUCAGAAGUCAUGUCCCCGAGCCCGCUCACAAUUUUCAUUGCCCUCCACUGGACUCUCUUCUGUUUAUCCACAUUCUUUCUAUAGUGGGGGCCCCAAAACUGGACACAGUACUGCAGAUGGAGCCUCACCAGUGCCAAAUAGAAGAGACAAUGAUAAAAAAAGCAGAUGAUAAAAAGAGUCACUUGACUCAAUUCCUGGUUAACCUAUGGAACUCAAUGCUACAAGACAUCACUAUGGCAGAGAAUGGAGAUGCCUGUCUUUUUAAAUUUACUAAAGUGACAAGUGUUUUGGAAUACCUGUCACGGGGCUUGCAAGGGCUCUUGCUUCAUGGUGUGAGUCAAUCCCUGAGGGAUGGAGGCUAGAAAAAAAACACUUCCCUGUAGGGGCCAGUUCUUGAAUCACUGCAUAUGUCUCUGAAGCAGCAGGUGCUGGCUGCCAUCUGGGACAAGGUGCUGGACUAGAUGGACGCCUGAUAGGACCCAGGCUUCUGCACCCAUGGCAUGACCAGGGUUUAACUCACUCCAGUGAAUUCCCAAGAUUGUCAUACCUCUGCUUGCAACAUUGCUGAAUCCAUAACUGGAAUAUUAUAUCCAAGCCAAAAUUACUCUAUUUCCCUGGCUACACCUUUUCAGUGGAGCUGGUGACCGAGUACUGAGGUCAGUACUGACUGUAGCAUUGUUUCAAAAUGGUACAGAUGGCAAAGCAGAAGUGGUAAUCUGAAGGGCUAAAUGCUGCCACCCACCGUGUUGCCAGCUCUCUUGCCUUUGCCAUGUGGUUUUACAACCUUGAAUGCCUCCCUUAAAGACCCAGCUGUGGGAAGCCUGCCAGGAGGGGAGGCCCUUGGCUUUCACUUAAAACCAAAAUUAUGUUUUUAGUGCUCAUGGUCAUGGAGAAAUGUUUGUGGACAUGACCCAAGGCUAGCACACCUCAAGGACUUGGAAACAGGGAGACGAAAAAGAAGCCCAAAUGCACUGGGGGGGGGGGGGGGGGGGGGGGGGGGUUUCAAAGAAAGAAAGAAGGGGUAAAGAAGAAUGGGCAGUGCCAAAGAUUUCUGACCAGGCUGUAGCCAGGGACCUGUACGGUACCCAGCUGGACUGGCAGCUGAUGUGCAGAUCCCAAGUGGAUCUUGCAUGAUCCAGAGCCCAGAGUCAGCUCUGGAGACAGCACACAAGCCAGCCGGGAGUCCAAUGUGUUCACUACACAGCUGGCAAAAUGAGGAAGGCCUGGUAAUGGGGGGCAUCUGGAAGGGAGUAAGAAACCCAUUGUGCUAUUCCUGGCUCUGCCACUGAAUCCUGUACAAUGCAGAGCUAGUUGCUGCUGCCACCCAGUGCCUUGGUUUUCCCAUCUGUAAAAUGGGGGAAUGAUAACACUGUUUCCUGCCCACCUUGUAGAGGAGUCACGAGAAGAAAGUGCUUAAUGUCCACACAGUGCUCUGAAUGGGCAAUCACUGUGAAGCUGAGCUGUGUUACCAUUGGGAUAGAAAGCUGGGAUAAUACAAUUAACCAAGAGAUGAACUGUUUUCUCACUUCUCUACUCCUGAUAACUUGAUGCCAUUCAAGUCCCCAGACAAAGAGUGGAUUGAUAGCACAAGAAGGGGCCUACAUUUUUUAGUGCAUCUCAGCCUUAAGCCCAUGGUAUCUCAGAGCCCCCUGUGGGGCAGGGAAGGAUUAGCAUGCCCAUUUCACAGAUGGGGACCUGAGACACAGAUUAAGUGACUUCCACAAGGGUCACUGGCACAGCCAGGGGUUAAGCCUCAGUCUCGUCAGUCCCAAGCUAGUGUGCUAGCCACUGGACCCUCCUUCCUUCUUAGGCGGUUACUCUGGGGAGUAAAACCAUGCUUUGGAGCAGACUUUGCUGAAGGAAUGUCCUGAGGCCUGAAUAGCUAAAGGCCUGCCUCCAUGUGGCCAGCAUAGCUGUAGCAGAAUGACUACUAAUGCUAACUACUGCCGCAGAGCUAUUCUGUAAUAACUCCUUCAUGUGAAUGCCCUUGUUUCAAAACAGCUUCUUUUAUUCCAGAGUAAAUGUGCUGCAUAUUCUGGAAUAGAAAUAAAGUUUGAAAUAAAGAGUCCACAUGGAACAGCUAUUUUAGAAUAGGCAAGCUAUACCAGAAUCCAUCUCUAGUGGAAAUGUUGCCCUGCAAUAGCUACUCCAGGAAACUUCCCUCUUAGAGAUGAGGCCUUAAUGCCUACCUAAAUGACCUCAGAUGUCUUUUCUGCCAUGUUAGGGCAAGCUGGGUUGUGUUUGACUGUAAGCUGUCAGGGGCAGGACAGAGACAUCAUAUCUCAAGACGAAGGGAAUGUGAGGUGAGAGAACCCCAUGGGAUUAGGAUCAUAGAUGUGGAGCCUGUUCGUGGUUAUAGAAGCAAACACAUUUUAUUUUGAUAAUCUUGUAUUUUUACUUAACUGUCAACCCUAUGGAGUGUUUUUAUGGAUGUUGCUGUUUUGUUUUCUGAGCCCGUUUCCAUUUGAUUAUUCUUUUGUACCCUGUGUAUAUAGCCCAGCGGUAUGGUUAAAAACUGUAAAUAAAUGACCUUUUUAUCUGUUUUUCCCCAA